GGCAGACACAAAAGGAAAGAUAAGACAGCAAGAGAAGUUGAUGAGAUGAUAUCCAUUGUGCCAGAAGGAUCUCUUAUCAUGAACUUCUGCAAGCAACUGAACAAUUCAGUGAGAGCAAUUUGCUUGGCACUGGGAGUUCUUGCUCUGUGUACAAAGGAAUUCUUAACAAUGGGAAGGUUGUCGCUGUCAAAGUGUUUAAUCUUCAGUUAGAAGGUAUUUCAAAGAUAUUUGAUGUUGAAUGUGAGAUUCUUCGUAGCAUUCGCCACAGGUGUCUGAAUAGUGUCAUAAGUUGUUGUUCUAACGAAGAGUUCAAGGCAUUAGUACUAGAAUAUAUGCCCAAUGGAAAUCUUAAGAAAUGGUUAUAUUGCCAUAACUAUUUCUUGAAUUUCAUGGAAAGAUUGAAUAUAAUGAUCGAUGUUGCAUCGGCUUUGGAGUAUCUUCAUAGUGGCUAUUCGACACCAAUUGUCCACAGUGGCUUGAAGCCAAGUAAUGUCUUGUUAGACGAAGAUAUGGUUGCUCGUGUAAGCGAUUUUGGGAUAGCAAAAUUUCUAUGCAAUGGAGAUAGCAUGGUGUUAACCAACACCCUGGGAACAUUGGGUUACAUUGCUCCAGAGUAUGGUUCAGAAGGACUAGUCUCCACAAGGUGCGAUGUCUAUGGCUACGGGGUGAUGUUGAUGGAAGUCUUUACUAGAAAAAAGCCAAGUGACGACAUGUUUGUUGGAGAUCUAAGCUUGAAGACUUGGAUUCAAAGGUCUGUUCCAGAAUUCACAUAUCAAGUUAUAGAUGCCAACUUAGUUAUGAAUGUUGACGAAGAACAUGGCGAUAAAAUAGUGGAAUUCGCAUCAUCUAUAUUGGAGCUGGCGUUAAAGUGUUGUGCAGAUUCUUCUUAUGAAAGGAUAAAUAUGAAAGAAGCUCUAGCACAGCUGCAGAAAAUCCAACGUGGGUUUUCGAGAUGAAGCGAGAAGGCCUUACAAAGUUGUUUUCCUAUGAAUGCCAAGA